CCGCUUUCUUCCUAGUUAUAUGAUAGCUGCUGGUUGCAGAAGGCCUACUAUGUCAAUAGAACAUAAGUUCUCAGACCAAAGGUUAUAUGUCCAUACUGAAACAACGAAAAGCCAAGUGGUUUGUGCAAGCUUGCAUGAAAAUAUUGGAUAUUGAGAUAAGCACAUUGUAUGCUGGUGACUGGCGGAUAUUUGAUUGUUCAUCUCCACAGCUGUUCCAAUGAAUAAAUUAAAGCAGUGGUUUACACGAGAUGAUGAUGAACAAGGAAUAUUAACAGACGUCGAAAAUGGUUGUUCUUUGAGCUGGAGUACACGUAUAAAAGCGUUUAUCAUAUGUUUAGUAGUGGGUAUCGUGAUGUCACUAUUGGGAUCCUUAUGUUUGUGGCUACCUGGAGCAGGUAUCACACUCUUUGCACUGUUUUAUACGCUUGGUAAUAUAUGUUCUUUGGGAAGCACGAUUUUCCUUAUGGGACCCGUAAAUCAGUUAAAGCGUAUGUUUCAGGAGACUAGAAUUUUUGCAGCAGUAGUCAUGCUGGUAUGUUUGGUUCUCACAAUCGUUUUUGCACUACUGGGACUUCGUCUACUCUGCUUAAUAUUUUGCAUUCUCCAAUCGUUGGCGCUGACAUGGUAUUCACUCUCGUACAUCCCUUAUGCUAGGGAUGCAGUGAAACGAUUAUGUUCAACAUGUGUUGGAUAAAUUUUCUUUCUUUAACUAUAUCAGAUUAUGAAUAAUACUAUAUUUAUGUAAAAUUACAAAAAAUCAACAAUUACAUCAGACUAUUUUUUUUUUUUUUGUACUGUGUGUAACUGAUCUCUCUUGCGCCUGAAUUUGUAAUCUCUCUCAAUCGGUUUGAUGUAUUUUUAUCUUUUCAUUUUUUUUUUUUAAAAAUCUCUUUGAAUAUGACCAUGUUAUGUUUUGUUUUGUGGUAAACUAAUAAACCAACAAACAAGUGACAAAUUCUUAUGAAUUGAUCAUUUAUCUCCAUGUGAACAAUUUAUCCUUGUUGAUUAAUCAGUUUUUUUAUGGAUCGGUCAUUGUGCCUUGAAAAUUCUGAACCUUAGAUAUUAACCAAAGAAUAUUAAUGCCUUCUUUUUUCUAUAACAUUAUAUGUGAUCUUGUAACGUUAUGGUAAGUUGUAUUGUUAUGAUACAAGUUGAAAAGAAAAUUUGUUGUUUUAUGUCUUAA